CCGGGUGGAGAGAAUGCAGUGGUCAAGUGCGCCGUUUUAUCAUUUCUUUUCUCUAAUACCUCUUCAAUGGACAUAUGAUGGAAACUUCCAGUUGUACGUAUAUUCAUUUGAUGAUUGAAAUGAAAGUAAAACUCUGAAACAAGUUUAAUUUUAUCAUUACACGGAGAAGAUAGUUUCUUCCGGACUAUUUUGGUUAUCAACGCGGGAUUUUGUUGUGGAUACCCUGCCCUGUUCAACCUUGUGCCGCCAAUGACAAAUUCAGCGCCGGUUAACAUCCACCUCACUUUUACACGACCACUAUGGUGCUAUGGGAAUCAAUGAAGUGGACGAAUAUAUGUCAUUUCCUCGCAGCAUCCGAGUCCUUCAGCAUCGGAAUCUGUUGAAGCCGGUUUAACCUGUCCUGUCCUGUACUCACGUGUCAAGUGUACCGAAAGAACUUUAAAUAUCAUUGCUGAAAUAUUUUUCCUGGACUAAGAAACAACAUUUAAAGCCUGAAAUCCAAGAUGACAUCGGCGAACAGCCAAGUGUCAUUGAGUGAACUGCCCAUGGAUAACUGGAUGGCCAAUCUGCCCAGUGCUCUGUGGGAUACACCUCUCUGUUACAUGGCUAUUCCAGGGAGCCAUAAUGCCAUAACCUACUGCCUGGAUAAGAACGACCGCUCUCCAGUGGACCUCACUCAACCAGAUAUGUUGCAAAAGCUGGACAAGUACAUGAAACCCAUCAUAAGGCCAUUUGUAUACAAAUGGGCAAUAGCACAAGAGUCUUGCAUUAGGGAGCAGUUAGAUUGUGGAGUGCGAUACUGUGACCUGAGGAUAGCACAUAGGCCUAAUGACAGCUCAAAUGAUCUCUACUUCUACCAUGGUGUUUAUACCACUAUGACUGUGGAGAAAGUAUUGAAAGAGAUCAGAGAGUGGUUGGAUGUUCAUCCAAAGGAGGUAGUCAUCCUCUCAUUUAGCCACUUCCUUGACCUCAAUCAAGAGCGUCACACACAGCUUGUCUCAACUAUAAAGAGUGUUUUUGAUUCCAAACUCUGCCCUAUAAUGGAUCGUGUGACAUUACGGACAUUAUGGAGCCAGGGUCAUCAAGUUAUCGUUUCAUAUGAGGACAAUAUUGCCUACAGUCACAGAGAAUUGUGGUUUCAUAUACCUUAUUGGUGGGCCAACAAGUGCAAGGCUGAAGCGCUGAUCGAGGAAUUUGAACGUAGAAAACAAAAUGGCCGGCCAGGUGGCUUUUUUGUGACUGGCAUCAAUCUUACUGAAGAUCUGAAGUACAUAUGCUCCCACCCCACAGAAUCACUGAAGGAUGUGGUGAUGUCUACAUAUCCCGAGUUACUUAGCUGGGUCAAACAACAGAAGCCUGGCUCUAAUCCCGGCUCCCUCAACAUCAUAGCUGGGGACUUUGUGACUGAGAGCCAAUUCAUAGCUACCGUUAUUGCACUAAAUGAAAAUCUGCUCAACAGGACCAUAAUACCAGAGCCUUGACCCUCUUAAGCUUGCACAAUGCAUUUAACAUUUGAAGAAAGAAGUGCUUCUCGUUCGUGUGAUGUUUUUAUACUAGUCAACUUUGCUAUUUUUUAUAAGGGUGCUUACACUAUAGAGUUUAUGCUGCGUCAGCUCCAUUAAUUUCAAUAGUUAUGGUGCAUUGUCAGGACUUUCCUUAUCCUCAAAAUGGAUGCUGUCCAUCAAAUGCUCCAUUGUAGAGCUGUAUCUAGUGUGUAAGCACCCUGAGGGUGAUAGAUAGUUUUAAGUUAUGGAUAGAAUAAUGUAAUGCACUGACUUUUAUGACUUGAAUUUACUAUCUUAAACUUAUUUAUGCAGUCUCCAAUAGAUGCCUCUGAUUUUGCAAAAAUGUUAAUCAUUUUAAGGUUCCACCAUAUCAUGAUUAAGGUCCCGGGUUACCUUACCACAACUUUACGUACAGGCACAAGACACAAGCACAUUACAGGACACAAUAAGUUCCCUGGGAGCAUUCACAGUUUGAAGUUUGCAUGAGAAUUGCUAAAGACUACUCACGACAAGCCUCAAAUAGGAUUAUAAAACACUCAGGAUUGUUUAUUCUUUAUGAUCUAUACUCUUUUCAACUUUCUACUGUGUGAUGGCAAUGGAAAUAUGAUUCAGAUAAGUACAUGUCUGCAUGGUGCACACAAUCAAAAGCAUGAAGAGACACUGGAAUAUUUCUGUGGUUGCACAUACUGUAUGUUCUCUGCCAUAGUAGCAUGCAAUUUAAACCAGUUUAAUCAUGGUAUCAGUUUGCAUUACUAACAAAUAUGCGUAUACUAAACAAUAUCAGCAGUUGAAUGGAAUAUAAAAUAUUCACAUUUAAUAUUUAAAGAUUUGCAAUAAAUAAAACAUAUCUAACUACAUUCA